UGGCUGCCACUGUUUGGGGGAUGACUAGGACCAGUAUCCCUGAGGCUACUCUCUCUGCUGUCUCCCCAAAGCUUCCAUCCCCAGUCUCUCCUCAGGCUUUUCCAGCCCACUCUGUUCCUGCCUUUGCCAGAACCUCAGGUUGCCCAAUAUCUGGAAACUCCUGGGAGGACUCACGUACAGCAAGUCCAGAGACAGAAAGUAAAACCCUUCAUGACCCUUGACCACCCGAUUGUCAACCAGACUUUUAAACAGUCCAACCCUCCGAUACAAAGAAGUGUGCUUGUGGCACAUCCUGGACACUUAUCUCCUAAGAGUGACACUGUCCUGGCUGGAGAUCCACUCACCAAAUUGCUAACUCUUGGGAAAGAAGAUGACAAUGUGGAAUGGCAUAUGGAAGAUGCUGUUGAGGAUAUAAGCAGUAUGGAAUCAAGUUUUAAAGAGGAAGAAACAGACUCUCUUCUGCUAAUGCAAAGAAAAUUAUCUGGCAGUAUUUUGGAUGUGUAUAGUAGCGAGCAGGAAAUUUCAUCAGUUAAUAUGGGACUUACUAGUGCUUCCUGUCCAAGGAGUCUAUCAGUGAAAAGAGAAAUUACAGAAACUGAUACUCGAGCUUUAACAAAAGAGAGACAAAAAAAGGACAACCACAACCUCAUUGAAAGAAGAAGAAGGUAUAAUAUUAAUUACCAAAUCAAGGAGCUUGGUACUCUUAUUCCAAAGACUAAUGAUCCUGAUAUGCGCUGGAACAAAGGAACCAUUCUAAAAGCAUCAGUGGAGUACAUCAAGUGGCUACAAAAAGAACAACAGAGAGCUCGAGAAUUAGAACACAGACAGAAGAAAUUAGAGCAGGCUAACAGGCGGCUUCUACUCCGGAUUCAGGAACUAGAAAUACAGGCUCGUGUUCAUGGUCUGCCAACCCUGGUUUCACUGGACCGAGUUGAUUUAGGUGCUCAUGUCACCAAAGAACAGACCCAUCUUGAACAGAAUUCAGUAGACUAUUGUCAACAACUGACUCUGUCUCAGGGAACAAGCCCCGAACUCUGUGAUCAAGCUAUGGCUUUCUCUGAUCCUUUGUCACACUUCACAGAUUUAUCAUUCAGUGCUGCUUUGAAAGAGGAACAAAGAUUGGAUGAUAUGCUACUGGAUGAUACAAUAUCUCAUUUAGGAACAGAUCCUCUGCUAUCUGCCACUUCCUCUGCAGUUUCCAAAGAGAGCAGUAGGAGAAGCUGUUUUAGCUCAGAUGAUGGUGAUGAAUUAUAAGAAGUAAACACAGUCCACUCAUCAACUAGGAAACAAUUGUAUUCUGGUGCUAUGCAAUUAUAGUCUGUGUUUCAUGUGUUGCUUUGGCUUCAUUUUUUGAAAAGAAUAUAUUGUUCACGAAAAACUUGAGGAUUAAAAACAACAGUAGAAUAAAUUCAAAGAAGAAGAAAUAUGGUAUUGAGGAAUUACUGAAGGCUAAAACAUAUUUUUCCUCUUUGACUAUGGAACCUAAAUCUACUCAAAUUUUGUUUUCUAGAAAGAGGUGCAAAAUAAGAAAUAGCUCUUUACUGGAUGUACUAUUGUAACUAACAGACUGCAAAGGGUAAACCUCUGAAAUAUACAAACAUUUUCUUAGUUACUCAUUUCCAACUCCUUCCUAUUCAACUCAAAACGGUUUGCAAGAAUCUUGAUCAAUAGAUUUGGAAGUUCAUUUCCUUUCUCUACCACCUGGUUACCAUGUUGUUUAAAGUUCCACCUUCUAAGAAAGUAAUUACAUAGAUUAUCUAUCAGUUGUUCAUAAUUGAAGUGAAUCCACAAUAAACAUUAAAAUUUUUCAAAAUAAUACUAGUUCCUAAAAUUCAUAUGAACUGGUUUCUAAAAUUAUAUCUUAAUUUUGCUAGUCUGUUUAAUGACACACAUUCUAAAAGUUUCUUUGCAUAUUUAUGGAAAUAUGCCUUGUUCAGAAUAACCUUUCUCAAGAAUAUGGAUUAGAAUUUUAUGCCUUCACACAGAUAUACCCCCCCACACAUGCAUACAAUGCAGGUAAUGUGGUUUUUUUCUUUCACUCUUCUGAUUUUUUAUUUUUCAUCAGAAAUCACAUUCUAAAUUAACAUUUUUAAUCAAGAAGAGAUUUUGGGGAAUCAAUUUCAGCAAAUGAACUAUUUUUUUAAAAAAUCUUGCUACUAUGACAAUGUGUCAGCUAUUUAAAACUUAUCACUAUGUCCACUAUUGAAUGUAAAAUAAUUAGUUGUCAAUACAGUCUCACUUCAGAUUGCCAAAAUGUUGAGAAUUGUAUUGCCAAGUGACAAAAUAAUUUGUGAAACAGAAGCUCUUAUUACAUCCAGCUUUGAAUUAAAGUUCUUUUCUCAUAAGUA